AUGCCCUCUGUCAUCUCUUCGGGUGGUAUCACCAAGUUUACCAACUGCCGCCUCGCCCGUGGGGACAAUCUCGUAUCCGAGGACCUUUGGGUGAGCUCUCACACUGGUACUAUCCUAUCUAGCCAGGCCACCUUUUUCGAUUCUGGCACUCUGCCCGACCACGCCAUUGAUCUCGGGGGCCGUAUCAUCUCUCCUGGUUUGAUCGACGUCCAGCUCAAUGGGGCAUUCGGCUUCAACUUUUCGACAUUGCCCGACGACAUCACAGAGUAUCCAAAGGCUGUCGCGGAUGUGAAUAAGAAGUUGACCACUACGGGUGUCACUUCAUAUGUCCCGACACUGACCAGUCAAAAGCCAAUCCUCUAUCAAAAGGUGCUACCUUUUCUUCGUCCAAGCCGCCUUCGGUUUGCCCACGACGGAGCAGAGUCCCUGGGUGCACAUGUAGAGGGUCCUUUCCUCAACCCAGGAAAAAAUGGCGUUCAUGAUGUCAACGUGCUCCAGGAGGCCUUCAGCUUCCAAGAUAUUGAAGCCUGCUACGGCGUGGAGAAUCUGGGCAAAAAGGGGGAGCCAGACUCUGAACCCGCCCCGAUAAAAAAGAUCACCCUCGCCCCGGAGCGCGGGAACAUGGCACAGCUCAUCCCUGAGCUGACCAGUCGAGGCAUCGUCUGUUCUAUUGGACACUCUGAGGCGACGUACGAAGAGGCGUCGGAUGCAGUCGCAGCUGGGGCUACAAUGAUCACACAUUUGUUCAAUGCUAUGAGGUCUCUCCAUCACCGCAAUCCAGGAAUCUUUGGCGUACUUGGCGUCGUUACUGACCAGCUCCCGAGGCCAUACUUUGGUAUCAUCGCCGAUGGCAUUCACCUUCAUCCCACCGCUGUCAACAUCGCUUUCAAUGCUCACCCGGAAGGCUUCAUUCUCGUCACUGAUGCCAUGCACCUGGUUGGACUCCCAGAUGCCGUGUAUCCCUGGACCAACGGCGACGUGGACAGUAGGAUCGUAAAAGUUGGGCCGACGUUAUUACUGGAAGGGACAGACAAGAUUGCAGGAAGUUCCAUCACGUUGAUCGAGUGUGUAAACAACCUUCUCAAAUGGUCAGGUGCCUCGAUCGGCAAAGCACUCAAGGCAGUCACUUCAACACCAGCAGCCAUGCUUGGUAUUCAAGACCGCAAAGGAAGUCUAAGCGUGGGUGCUGACGCUGAUCUUCUGGUAAUUGAUGAAGUCUGGAAGUUUGGCACUCAGGUCUACUUGCGAAAAGGGGUAACUGUGAUGGCGAAGAUGGCAUAG